AUGGCAUGUGCCAGUUCAUGCUUGAUUCUAAGCUCCUUCCUGAUGCUCCUGUCUCUGAGCCAAGGUCAAGAGGCCAAGACAGAGCUUCCCAAUGCCCUGAUCAGAUGCCCAGAAGGCACCAAUAACUACGGCUCCCAUUGCUACUACCUAAAUCAAGACCAGGAAACCUGGUUUGAUGCAAAUCUCUCCUGCCAGAACACGCAUUCCGGACACUUGGUGUCUCUGCUAAACCAGGCUGAGGGCACUUUUGUUGCUUCACUGAUUAAGGAAACUAGCACUGACAACCUCAAUGUCUGGACUGGCCUCCAUGACCCCAAAAUGAAUCGCCGCUGGCAGUGGAGCAGUGGAUCUGUGGUCUCAUACAAAGCCUGGGCACAGGGAGCCCCAAGCAGUACCAAUCCUGGCUACUGUGCAAGCCUGACUUCAAACUCAGGAUUCGAGCAAUGGAAGGAUGAACAUUGUGAAAAGAAGUUGCACUUUGUCUGCAAGUUCAAAAUCUAG